AUGGUUCCUGGGUCUUUUCUCGGCAUCUUGAUCAUUGGGGGCGCAGUGUAUUUCAAUCGACAACUUGAGCUCUCCAAACCACUACCGAGCUUGUACGAGGCAGAUAUUGACGCUGUUGCUAAUGGUUUGGAACGAAGUCUUUUCACAAGCUUACAUCUAGUCAAGACCUACAUCGCCCGCAUCGAAGAAGUGAAUGACUUUUUGAGGCCAGUCACUGAGAUCAAUCCCGAUGCGCUGAUCAUAGCCGCUGCACUUGACAAGGAACGUUCGGAAGGCAUGGUACGGGGACCAUUACAUGGCAUACCCGUACUCAUCAAGGAUACGAUUGCCACGAAAGAUAAGAUGAACAACACAGCUGGAUCCUACGCCUUAGUUGGAGCCAAAGUUUCCGCUGAUUCUACGGUCGCGAAGAAACUCAGAGAAGCAGGUGCUAUAAUCUUAGGAAAGACAAACCCCAGCGAGUGGGGCAGUUUUCGAAUAUUCAAUUCGAGCAACGGCUGGUCAGCAUAUGGGGGUCAGACAUACGGACCCUUCUAUCCCCAUCAAGACUCCUCUGGAAGCUCAAGCGGAAGUGCUGUGGCGGCAUCUCUUGGUCUGGCUACAAUUACGCUAGGUGGUGAAACGUGUGGAUCAAUCAUCGAUCCUGCCAGUUAUAACAAUGUUGUAGGAAUGAAGCCAACUGUUGGGUUUACAUCUCGACAUCUUGUAAUUCCAAUCAGCGAGCACAUGGAUACUAUCGGGCCUCUUACAAAAACCGUGAAAGAUUCAGCGUACUUGCUGCAAGGUAUUGCAGGUUUCGACGUUCAUGACAACUACACCUCUGCUAUCCCAGAAGAAGUGGAUAUGGACUUUGUUGGCGCCUGCAAACUCUCUGCACUUAAAGGUGCGCGGCUGGGUGUGCCUCGUAACGUCAUUCAACUUAUGUCAGAUGAAGUCACAUGGUCGAUGGUCAAGGCAUUUGACGACUCUUUGGAAGUUCUACGCGCGGCUGGUGCCGUGGUCGUAGAGAGCGACUUCCCUGCAGCGCGAGAGUUUCUAGACGACAGUAUGAUAGGUGCGAAGAUCAUGGGCGCGGACUUCGUUGUCAACAUCGAAAAUUACCUGCGGCAACUUGCUUACAAUCCACACAACAUCAAGAGCCUAGUUGAGCUACGCAAGUGGACGCAAGACAGUUCACUAGAAGGAUAUCCAAGCAAACCAACAGAGCUCUGGGACUUUGUGUUGCAAAAUUGGAACAAUACUGAACCUGGAUUCUGGCAAGCAUAUCAGCAAGGUCUCUACUAUGACGGUGAAGGAGGCCUACUGGGUACCAUCAAGAGGCACAAUCUCGACGCCGUCUUACUGCCAUCACAUUUUUCAUGGAACUUUGCUGGUAUUGCUGGUGCGCCGAUCGUUUCUGUACCGAUUGGGGCCAUGCAGUCUGACCAGCCCAUCGUCUCUGACGCUGAUGGAUUAGUGUCGUCGGCGCCCAAUAUUCCAUUUGGUUUUAGUUUUCUAGGUGCAAAAUUCAAUGAUGCAAAGAUUAUCGGAUUGGCCUACGCCUUUGAACAGCGGACACUUCCAUCCCCCACCGAAGCGCCCUCCAUGUCGCACUCGUCCUCGCAAUCAACCAACAAGAUGCUCAACACACUCCCCAAACCAACACGCGACCUGACCGAACUGGCAAAAGAGGAAAGGAGUUUCACCUUCAAUCACUUUACAUGCGAGCAUGCCUGGGUCAUUGGAAAUAUCCUCCGAAACGCGUUAAGAACCGCCGAAUGCCCCGCGCUUAUUCAGAUCUCUUCUGCGAAUCAGACGCUGUUCCACUCGCCGAGUUUGCCUGGCAUAAUGCCCGAUCACGAAAAGUGGUCGGACAGGAAGCGCAACACUGUGCUAAGAUGGGGGCAUUCUACCUGGUUCAUGAGUUGCCAGUUUGAAGGAGACUACAAAAGGUUCGCCGAGCACAACGCCAUGAGCGGCGACGAGUGGUCAAGAUACACCAUUGAAGGUGGCGGAUACCCCGUCUUUGUCAAGGGCGUGGAAGGUGUUGUUGGUGCAAUUGUUGUGGUCGGUCUCGGCGUAGACAGUGAGCAGGCGCAUGGCGUCGUCGUCAAAGCAGUCGAGGAAUACAAGGACCUCCGGGAAGGCUUCCGGAGUCCAAUGAGGAGCAUGACGGUGAAAUGA